AUGUCCUUCAGCAAGAUCGUCUUCGCCGUUUCGGCAUUCGCAGCUCUGUCCGCCGCCAUUCCACUGAACAUCCCACGAGACGUUACCUCAGUCGUCACUGAAACCUCUUACACCACUGUCGAUGUCCCAGUCACCCUCUGGGUCGAUGAGAAUGGCAAGCCUAUCAAGACUGAGGCUCAAGGCGUCAACUUCGCUGAACAGACCAAAAGUCUGGAACUGACAGCAGCCCAAGUCGUCCCAACUACGACUCCAGCUCCUCCAGCUCAACCAACUACUACGACUUCGACUUCGACUUCAACCCAAGCCCCUGCUGUAGCUCCAACAACCACAAUCGCUUCGUCUGCUUACCAAGCUCCAACUCCCGUCACUCCUUCAAGCAGUUCUAGUCCAGUAGCCUCAGCCUCAGCAGCACCAGCAACUAACAAAGCUUCAUCAGGACAAGUCACUGCUUCCGAUUCCGCUUCCUGCGAAGGCACAGGCAACGCCUGUGUCGGCGACAUCACUCACUGGGACGGUGGCCUCGGCGCCUGCGGCUGGAACGUCGACUCCAACUCAGAGUUCCAAAUUGCCCUUCCUCACGCCUUUAUGGGUACUCAAUCGAAUGGCAACCCAUACUGCGGCAGAAGCUUGACUGUGCUAAACCCACAGACUGGCGUAACUGUCCAGGCCACCGUUGGCGACAAGUGCAUGGGUUGCGUUGGUCGCUCCAUCGAUUUGACCAACGCUCUCUUCGCUGCUGUCGGCAACGGCUGCGAUGGCCGAUGCAGUGGCUUCCAGUGGUGGUUCAACUAA